AUGAAAAUAGACAAUUGCACCCCAGUAACUGACUUUGUCUUGGCUGGCCUGGGAAUUCAAGAUAAUCUUCAGGUGAUAUUUUUCUUAAGCAUUCUAUUAUUCUACAUAGUCACAUUGAUAGCAAAUCUGUCCAUAAUGAUUAUCACCAUUUCUGAUCGAGCUCUUUACACACCCAUGUAUUUCUUCUUGUACAACUUGGCUUUCCUUAACAUCUGUUACUCAUCGGUGGUUGUCCCCAAGAUGCUCACAGAUCUUGUGUCUCAGAAGAAGAUGAUUUCCUUUUAUGGUUGCAUUAUGCAAGUCCAUUUCUUCCAUUUCUUGGGUAGUACAGAAGUCGUACUGUUUUCCGUCAUGUCCUAUGACAGAUAUGUGGCUAUUGCUCAUCCUUUGAGAUAUUCAACCAUCAUGAGUUACAAUGUCUGCUUUGGCUUUGCCUCGUGUUGUUGGACUAUUGGAUUUUUCCAUGCAUUGGUACACUCUGUAAUGACAUCAAGGCUUACAUUUUGUGGACCAAAUAUAGUGAGACAUUUCUUCUGUGACGUUAAGCCGGUCCUAAAUUUGGCCUCUACAGAUGUAUCUCUUAAUUUCAAGCUGCUUGCUGGAAUCACUGGAACACUAGUUAUAACCACCUUGGUGUUGACUGUCCUUUCCUACAUCUUCAUUAGCAAAUUUCUUUCAAAAAUAAAGACCUCACAAGGAAGAAAACGUGCGCUGUCUACAUGUAGCGGCCAUUUUACUGUAGUAACGCUCCAAUAUGGGACAGCCAUUUUUACUUAUGUGCGCCCUUCUACAAAUGAAUCCUUAGAUCGCGACAAAGCAGCUGCCAUUAUGUUCUCUGUUAUCACCCCAGCAUUAAACCCACUUAUGUAUACAUUAAGAAACAGCGAUUUUAAGAAUGCUUUUAAGAAGUUGCUUAAAAGAUAUUACUGA